AUGGCAGGCCGAUCGUUUUAUGCUCACAAUGCAGCUUCUUAUAAUCAUCAGAAUAAAUUCAGUCUUGGGGAAGGCAAAAACACUUUUUCGUUUUCCAUUGAAAAUAUUUUGGGAUUAGAGCGGGAAAAAGAUGGCACUCCAGCUGCAAAACCCCACAGGCCAUGGGUGGAUAAAGGCAGUGAUUUAGGAGAAGAUUGUUUGCCCUGCCUGCAUCUCUCUUCAAUUUCCUGUGCACUCCCUUUGUAUAAUACAAGCAACUGCCGAAAAGCUGAAGAAAGAGUUUUGAAAUGUGAAAACUAUUUCCCAGUCAAUGAAAGAUUUUCUUACAAAAGGGAAUUGAGUUGGUACAGAGGUAGGAGGCCAAGGACCGCAUUCACUCAAAUCCAGAUAGAAAUACUGGAAAAUGUUUUCAAAGUGAAUUCUUAUCCUGGCAUUGAUGUUAGAGAAGAGCUGGCUCAAAAAUUAGAUUUAGAUGAAGACCGGAUCCAGAUCUGGUUCCAGAAUCGCAGGGCAAAGCUGAAAAGAUCCCAUAGAGAAUCACAGUUUCUAAUGGUGAAAAAUACUUUUUCUCAAACAAUUAUAAAAUGA